AUGAGUGUCUUUAAUUUAUGGGUAAAUGAAAUUAAAGAGCCUAAAUUAAAAACGUGUUUAUCUUAUGAUGACAGAUUUAAGUCUCCAACAAAAACGUCUAGGUCAUCAUCUCCACAAAGUAGAGUUGGUGAAGCAAUUCUCAAUAACUAUAUUGAACUAAUAAACUCUAAAUCGAAUUUAUCUGCGGAUCCAAGACAAACAGAAGCACUUGAUAAACCGUUUGAUUUUUGUGAUGAUGAAGAAUUUGCUUUUGGAAUUAAUUUACUCAAUAAUAAUGUUGCAUGUGUUGGGGAUAACAUAACAAAACUCAUACAAAUGGCACAAGAACCAUGGCCGGACAAUGUAAAGCUGUUCCAACCUUACGAGGUGGAACAAAUAUUGCUCCCGGAUAAUGCUAGCUGUUUAGCUGUUCAAGCUUUCUUAAAGAUGUGCAGCCUACCAUUCGAAGUGGAAAUGCGUUGGAACGCAGAGUUCAUGUCACCGUCUGGACGAGUUCCCUUCAUUAAAUGUGGAGCGUUUGUAGUGUCAGAAUUGGAGCCGAUCGUACAUUUUGCAGCCAAUAAGGGUGUGACUCUAUGUUCAAACUUAUCUACAGAAGAAAGGGCUGAGAUGAGAGCGUAUAUGAGUUUGAUUACGAAUGUUCUGGUUAAUGCUGAGCUGUACAUAUCAUGGGUAGAUCAAGAAACUUUCAACACAGUGACUCGUGUACGUAAUUCUUCUGUGUAUCCUUGGCCACUGGGAUGGUUUCAGACAAGGUCGAAACGAUCAAGUGUUAUAAAGAGAUUGAAAGCGCUUCACUGGUAUGAUAAAACAUUGGAACAGGUUUUGGCUGAUGUUGAACAGUGCUGCAAUUCACUCAGUCAGCGAUUAGGGGACAGGGAUUACUUCUUUGGGACACCAACUCCCUUGGAUGCUCUACUAUACGGUCAUAUGAAAGCGUUGCUAUCAGCGAACGGUCCUAAAGCGGUUUUAAUGAUAAAACCUAUUACGAACGCUCUCUUGAGACACUUCCUAAGAAUGUCUAACAUCACUCAGAUGAAAUUGACGCCUCAAGAAGAAUAUUUAGUAACUCAAGGUUGUCAAUUAUGUGUAAAACGUCGCAUGUCUCCUGUACGAAGCCUUUCACAAGUAAGGCGUUCUAAGGUGUGCAUUAAAAAUAGAGAGAGUGAGAAAUGUGGCAAGGAUGUUUUCGGGUUUAAACCUUUCGCAUCAAAACAAAUAAUAAUAAUGACGUCCCGUGAUGGGAAAAUAACUUGCGAGUAUAAUACAAACAGGAACAUCACUAAAUCGACACUAAACGAAUCGAAUCAAUUUAUUAUCGAUAUCAUGGAUGAUAUUAUCACUAAAGUCGAUGAAAUAGCAGAUAAUAAAUAUACAGAUAUUGUUAAAAAUGAAUUUGAAGUUAUUGCUUUUCCAAAUAAGAAUUUUGCUAGUUUUGAAAAUAAAGUAAAUGAUUUGGAUACGAUUAACGAAAGUGGGACCGAUAUGACAGUUUCUGAUUUGACAGAAGAGGUGAUAAAGGUUAUCGAUAGUGUCGUGGAUGAUGCGUUUAUCGAUAAUGGAGUUAUCGAUGUUAUUACGAAGAAUAGUUCGGAGCUUUUUAUGGAUUCUAGUCCAACGGAACUCGACGCUCUGGUAUUCGGUCACGUUUUUACGAUAAUCACGACAAGACUGCCUUGUCGUAAACUCGCUGACACAGUGAGGCGACACGACACGCUCGUCGCUCUCGCGAAACGAAUCGACGAGCAGUACUUUAAGCGUCCCUAG